GAUCAUAUUUAACAAGGGUGCCAAUAAUUCUGGAGUUGCCUUUAUCUGUUCAGUGUGUAAUCAAGAGGUGUGUAAUGAGGUUUUGUUCUAGAACAGAAGAUGCUGCCAAUACAGUAAAUGUUCUCAAUGUAUCGUAUGAUUGAAUCAAUACUGAAGGAAUCUAUUUUGAUUUUAAAUGAAGGGUGAGUUACAGUCAUUUGCCAGGCUCCACCAUGUCAAGGUCUCUGUUUACAGUCUCACAUGGCAUACUGUAAUAAAAAAAAAAUACCUGUAUUUGAUACAACAAUUACCUGCCAUCUGAUCAUCAGUCAUUGACUGUUUCCUCUCCCUUCUACUCUAUUCUGCUCUAUUUGGUAACACUUUAUAACAAGUAUAUGGUAAUAAAGUACUUACAAAUCAUUUUCAAGCCAUUAGUUUAUAGUUUAUUUAUAGUUUAUAUUUUGUAAAUAGUGAUUUAUUCAUUCAUUGUCACUGUAAUUUACAAAUGAUUAUUAAUUAAUUAUAAAAUAAUUUUUUGUAUGCUUUGUAUCCUAACCCUAACUCUAACUGUACUUUUAACAAUGUGAUCUCAAGAGUAUGCACUGUAAAAUAUAUAUGUUUUAUACAUUGUGUGGUUUACAUGUAGAAACAUAUUUUGUUUUUGGUCUGAUUUGUGCUCAUUUAUUAAGAAUUACAUCAUGCCCAGCUUUCAACUGUUGAAAAUGGAAAUGCUUCAAUUGCUCUUAUUUUUAUAUAUGUAUAAAAAAAUAAAGUGUUUCCCCCUGUUUCAUAGACACAAUGAUUGUUAUACUGUACAAUAUUAUAUCCCCUACCCAUCACAGGAAACCUUCUGCAUUUACAAUCGUUAACUGCAUUCCAUUUUGACACAAUCUUGUCAAGUGCUUAAUAAAUCACCAAAGAAACAAAGUAAAAUUUUGACCUGAAGUGAUUCAUUUGUCAUGAAUGUGCGUGGGACAGGAUCUCAUCUUAGUUUCAUCUGACACUUUCAUGUAACACCAUUCAUGUCUUUUAAUCUUUUACAUUUCAAGAGAAAGUAUGUCAAAACAUGUACAUUUGAUGUCAUUGAAUUGAAGUCAUUUAAUUCUUUAAUUUGUAAUGUUUUUUUUUUCUUUUACAUUUUUUUUUUUUUUUUUUGGUAAUAUUUUUUUGUUACAUUCUACCAAACUAGUGUUAAGAGAUAAUAAAAAUGCUACAUGUUUUUAAAUGUUUAAGAAUAUCUUCAUUAGACUUAUACAAGAAGUCAAGUCACCUUCAUUUCUAUAGCGCUUUAUACAAUACAGGUUGUUUCAAAGCAGUUUUACAGUGAUCAACAGGAAAAUAAUAACGCAAACAGCUCUGCUGUAAAGCAGCUCUAAAAAGAAAACACGAAGUCAGUUCAGUUCGAUUGAAAAGAAUUAAUAAAAUCAGCUCUGCAGAAAACAGGGAUGUCAUAAAUCAGCUCAGUUUAAUUCUCAUGAAAUAGUGUAGUGUAAUAAGAGAAAAAAAUCUGACUGUAAACUCACUAUUACACAAUAAAUAAAUGAAAUAAAAAUUAUGUGACCAUUUUUUUUAACAAAUUCAUAAAUAUAUUUUGUAUACAGUAACUAAAAAAUUCAAAAUUGAAUUAAUAUUUUUUUCCUGAUAAUAGAUGACACAUGAAAAAAGGGGAGCAGCAACUUUUCCCCUUCAACUGCCAUCGAUUGUGUAAAUAUGAAAACAUUGCAUAAUAUGAAAUACAUAUUCUCACCAGCAUAAACUCUCCACCAAUGAGUCUCAAAUGAAAGCAAUAAACUGCCUAUAUAAAGACAGAGACUGUCUGACUAAAACCACCAGAAAUCGACAGGACAAGCACACAGGAACUCCUGAUACUCAACGCAGAUUCCAAUAGACUUUGAAAAAGCUCAAGAAAUGUCUGGAAAAAAAUGGAUUCUCCUUGUCGCCGGCUCAAACGGCUGGCAAAAUUACAAACACCAGGCCAAUGUGUGCGGUUUAUAUCAGAUAAUUAAGAAACAAGGAAUUCCUGAUGAGCAGAUCGUGAUGAUGAUGUUUGAUGACAUCGCUUACAAUCACAAAAACCCAGCUAAUGGAGCCAUUGUCAGUGUAGUUGAUGAUUCAAACGUGUACCUCGGAGUUCCGAAGGACUACACUGGAAAGGAUCUGACCCCAGAGAACUUCCUGGCUGCUCUUCAAGGGCAAAACACUGCAAGCAAAAAAGUCAUAAAAAGUGGAAGAGAUGACAACAUCUACAUCUACAUGAGUGGUCUGGGAAACGAAGGCACGUUUGAAUUUCCUGAGAAGUCACUUUCUUCUGCUGAUCUCAUUGGAACGAUCAAGAACAUGCACGCUGAAGACAAAUUUUCAAAGAUGGUGAUAUACAUGGACAGCAGUUAUUCUGGAACAAUGUUCAAAGACCUUCCCAAGGAUGUAAACGUCUUUGCGUUGACUUCAUGUGAUGAAAAUAUCGAAACCUGUCCCACUAAUUUCGAUAAAUCCAGGGACGUCUUCCUCUCUGAUAAAUUCUCAUCUACUUGGUUGAAUUACCUUAAUAAGGCUGAUUUUGAAACAGAAACAUUCCAUGAUCUGGUAAAGACUAAACAAUCUAAAUAUCUUGAAGAAAACCCUGAAGGACCCUGCCCCUGCCAGUUUGGGGACGCGGGAAUCACUAAUUGUCACCUCAGUGAUUUUCUGAAAAAGUGAACAACCUACAAGCUGUUCAAACCUUGUUCAAGAAAACAUCCUGCUGAGGCUCAUGCAAAUGAUAAUAGUAAUUAAGAGUAUCCUGAUUAACUUUUUUGCUAGUUUCUUGUUCUGACUUAUAGCUUUAUGAUUAAAAUUAAAUUGAUUGCAAAAUAGCAUACACUAUUUAUUUUUUUUUAUUUUUUCUUCUUAUAUUCUUAUGUUCACCAAGGCUGGAUUUGUUAGGUCAAAUAUAGAGCCUAAAACAGUAAUACUGUGAAAUAUUGUGAAAGAAAAAAAUAAAUAAAUAAAACUGGGAAAAAGGUUAAAAGUA